AUGCUGGGCCAUCAGGCCAGCGCGAGGGGUCGUGUGGCGGGCUGCCGUGCCCCUCAUUCCUGGAGGAGAGGAAGGGACAGUGGGGAAGCGGCCGGGCGGCCCCCGACCUGGUCCCUCUGUCCCAGGCACAGCCGUGUCCACGUCUCUGGAUGUGGACGGACAGACGGUGGCACCACAGAGGCUUCCUCAGCGCAUCGCAGCCUCGGGAACUGGCUUCCCGCCCGCCCGCCCCCCUCCGGCCUGCGGUCAGGCCCCAGCUCCGUCUCUCGGGCUGCGGGGCCCCGAGGGAAUCGUGUCCCCGCUCUCUGCUUCGGCUUCCUGAUCUGUCGGAGCAGCCUGGGCAGAACCCUGUGCCUGAUUGUGCUGAAGAGCCCCCUGUACCCUGUCAUCGGAGGCCUGGCUUGGCACACGCCAGCUGCCCACAUUCCCAGAGGGAGGGGCCCCCACGGCUGGAGCCAGGCGGCGGGUGUGGAGGCCCGCCGCUGGAGCGGUGCCCUGGCGCUCUCGCCACCCUUCAAGCUGCGGGGACGGAUUUAG